GACCCGGGAAGCGAGACGACGGCGGCGGCUGGUGCCCGGCCCCCUCUUUCGCGGUUCCAGCCCCCGUGGUGGCUGCGGGCUCCGGGCUGCCCCGGGGCGGCGGCCCAGGCUGUGGAGCCGACGGCGGGGGAUGGCCGAGGAGCGGCGGGACUGACUGCACUGCACGGACGAUGAAUAUUUACUUAUUCUGGAGACAACCAUCUCAGAUGGUAGACAGUAAAAGAAUGAGGACUUCAAAUUUCCAAUGGCUCUUAUCAACAUUUGUUCUUCUAUAUCUGAUGGUUCAAGUAAAUAGCUAUAAAAAUGGAACACUGAAUAGUUUGAAGUGCACAACUAAGAACUUAGUAGGAUGGGACUGUUCUUGGAAAGGAGCCUUUGAAGAAGCCAAUGGUACUAGUGAAGUUUGCAUUGAAGAUAGGCCUCGUUCAUGCUAUCAAUUAAAGAAAACAAAUUUUAAAAUCCCAGCCCUUUUACCUGGUGAUCAUGAAAUUACAGUAAGAUCUUCAUAUGGUCUUGAAAGUUCCAUAAGCAACUUCACGCUAAAUGAAAAAAAUGUUUCCUUGAUUCCAGAUACUCCAGAGAUCUUGAGUUUUUCUGCUGAUUUUCCAACCUCUACAUUAUUCCUAGAGUGGAAUGAUAAGGGCUCUAAUUUUCCAUAUCACAUGACUAUCAUCUGGGAAAUUAAAAUCCUACGUACAGAGCGCAGGGAGCUCGUAAAAUUAGAGACAUACAACAUGACUGUGAAUGGUCAGGAUACAGUUCAUCGGUGGAGUUGGGCUUCAGACCUGCCUUUGGAGUGUGCCACGCAUUACGUGUCAAUUAGGUGUUACUUCGAUUCCCUUUAUUUUUCUGGUCAUAAAGAGUGGAGUAACUGGAGCCAAAUGAAGGAGAUCCCUUAUUGGUCUCCUCUUCCUUAUCUGAAGGCUUAUCCUCAAGACAAAGUGGUACUAGCAGGUUCAGACAUAACUUUUUGUUGUGUGAGUCAAACCAAAGUGCAGGUCGCACAGAUUGGCAGUACCUUUUGCCCCUUAAUCCCUCUUGAUGGGGAAAAUGUUGCAAUCAAGGUCCGUAAUAUUUCCGUCUCAGAAAAUAGUGGAACAAAUGUGAUCUUCACAACAGAAGAUGACGUGUGUGGAACAGUUAUUUUUGCAGGAUUUCCACCUGAUAUUCCACAAAAACUGAAUUGUGAGACACAUGAUUUAAAAGAGAUUAUAUGUACUUGGAAUCCAGGAAGACCAACAGGAUUAGUCGGCCCACGAAAUACAAAUUAUAUUUUAUUUGAAAGCUUUUCGAGCAAAUACGUUACAUUUAAAAGAGCUGAACCAUUUACAAAUGAAAGCUAUCAGUUAUUCUUCCAUGUUCUUCCAAAUCAAGAAAUUUACAAUUUUACUCUGAAAGCUCAAAAUCCACUGGGAAAAUCAGAAUCGACAAAAUUAGUCAAUAUAACAGAAAGAGUUUCUCCCCAUACUCCUACUUCAUUGAAAGUUGAGGACAUUAAUUCAACAGCUGUUACACUUUCUUGGCAUUUACUAGGCAAUUUUGUACAGAUUAAUCUUUUAUGUCAAAUUGAAAUUAACAAAGCUAAUUCAAAACAAGAAUUGAAUGCCACAAUCAAAGGAGUAGACAAUGCAGAUUAUCUCAUUGAUGUGCACAAAUUAAAUCCAUAUACUAAAUAUACUUUUCGAAUUCGUUGUUCUUCUGAAACUUUCUGGAAAUGGAGCAAAUGGAGCAAUGAAAAACAACAUAUUACUCAGGAAGCCAUUCCUUCAAAGGGACCAGAUAUAUGGAGAGAGCGGAGUUCUGAUGGAAGAAAUUUAGUAAUCUAUUGGAAGCCUUUACCCAUUAAUGAAGCUCAUGGAAAAAUACUUUCUUACAAUGUAUCCUGUUCAUCCCAUGAGGAAACACAAUUCCUUUCCGAAGUCCUUGAUCCUCAACACAAAGCAGAGCUACCACUGGGUAAAACAGACUGCAUUAUCAGUGUGGUGGCAAAAAAUUCUGCUGGCCCAUCGCCACCUUCUAAAAUAGCUACUAUUGAAAUCCCAAAUGAUGAUCUCCAAGUAGAGCAGGUUGUGGGAAUUGGAAAGAAGAUUCUUCUCAGCUGGCAUCGUGACCCCAACAUGACUUGCGACUAUGUUAUUAAAUGGUGUAACUCCUCAAGGUCUGAGCACUGCCUCAUGGACUGGAAAAAAGUUCCUUCAAACAGCACUGAAACGAUAAUAGAAUCUGAUCAGUUUCAUUCAGGUGUAAGAUACCAAUUUUUCCUGUAUGGGUGCAGAAAUCAGGGUUAUCAACUACUGCGUUCUGUAAUUGGAUAUAUAGAAGAAUUGGCCCCAGUUGUUGCACCAAACUUCACUGUUGCAGAUACAUCUGCAGAUUCCAUAUUAGUGAAAUGGGAAGAUAUUCCUGUGGAAGAACUUAGAGGUUUCCUAAGAGGGUACUUAUUUUACUUUCAGAAAGGAGAAAAGGACACCUUGAAGAUGAGGGGCUUGGAACCAGUAGGUUCUUCUGAUGUCAAGAUAAAGAAUAUUACCGACAUAUCCCAGAAGACACUGAGAAUUGCCGAUCUCCAAGGUAAAACAAGUUACCAUCUGGUCCUGCAAGCCUACACCGAUGGUGGCCUGGGCCCCAGGAAGAGCAUGUUCGUGGUGACGAAAGAGAACUCUGUGGGACUGAUUAUUGCCAUCCUCAUUCCUGUGGCUGUGGCCGUCAUUGUUGGAGUGGUGACAAGUAUCCUUUGUUAUAGGAAACGAGAAUGGAUUAAAGAAACCUUCUACCCUGAUAUUCCAAAUCCAGAAAAUUGUAAAGCAUUACAAUUUCAGAAGAGUGUCUGUGAGGGGAGCAAUGCUCUUAAAACAUUGGAAAUGAAUCCUUGUACCCCAAAUAAUGUUGAGGUUCUGGAAACUCGAGCAGUUCCUAAAAUAGAAGAUACAGAAAUAAUUUCCCCUGUAGCUGAGCAUCCUGAAGAGGGCUCUAAUACAGAACCUGAAAACCAUGUGGUUGUUUCCUAUUGCCCUCCAAUCAUUGAGGAAGAGAUACCGAACCCGGUAGUGGAUGAAGCAGGAGGGACUAACCAAGUCAUUUACAUGGAUGUGCAGUCCAUGUAUCAGCCUCAGGCCAAACCAGAGGAAGAGCAAGACAUUGACUCUGUGGUGGGGGCAGGCUAUAAGCCACAAAUGCGCCUCCCCAUUAACUCUGCUUUAGAAGAGACAGCUGCAGAAGAUGACAUAGACAAAACUGCAGGUUACAGACCUCAGGCCAAUGUAAAUACUUGGAAUUUGGUUUCUCCAGACUCUCCCAGAUCCACAGACAGCAACAGUGAAGUGGUCUCUUUUGGAAGUCCAUGCUCCAUCAAUUCCCGACAGUUUUUGAUUCCUCCUAAAGAUGAAGACUCUCCUAAAUCUAAUGGAGGAGGGUGGUCCUUCACAAACUUUUUUCAGAACAAACCAAAUGAUUAAGUGUCACCAUGUCUGCCACUUCAGUCUGCCAUCUCAAUAAACUCUUACCGCUGGUGUUGCUGCGACAGUCCUGGGCGUUCCUGGAGGGACUUUGUGAAAUAAAUACUGGUAGCCGGGACACUUCACUAAUUUGAGUUACACUAGAAGUGCUAAUGCACUUUCAAUAUAGUCUGAAAGCCAAAGUACGGUGACUUAGAAUCCUCAGUUCACAAAACUCAAGAUUGGGAACUAUUUGUAAUCAAGCCAAAGAAUUCUCCUUCAAGAAGCAUUUCAAAGGUCGUACUGUCUACAUACAUGCAAAACAAAUGUUUUCUGUUGUUUGCAGUUUUCUCAUGUAUGGAAUUGCAAGUGGGUUUGCAGGCAAGGCAGAAAAAAAAUGUCAUUUAAAUAGUAUAUGACAAAUAUGUCACAUAGUGUUGAUUUACCUGGCAUUUACUCUGGUCCAGAAGGAAACCAAGCACAGAUUUUCAAACAUUGAAGGUGAUUCUCCUCUGUCCACAUCAUUCACAAAGUUAAUAUCAUUGUUAAUGUAGCAACAGCUGUUAGUGUUCUGUUUGAUAAAGUGUGCAGAUUUUUGUGCCUACUGUAUAAUGGUUAUCAAACAGUUGUCUCAGGGGUGCAAGCUUGGAAAAUGAGUGUGACACUGACCAGCCCAAAUCAGAAUCACACUUUCUUGCUUUGGUAGGUUUUUCAAAUCUUUGCAUUUUUUUUUAAAGUUUUUAUGCUAGCUUUUAUUGUAGUUGAUUGCCCUAAUAUUUGAAAUUUAAAUUUCUAGGACUAUCAAAGUUUUAUUAAUCCAUUUUAUUUUGUGAUACAUCAGCUUUCUAUGAACAAAUUCAGUAGUAUUCAUGUACAAUUCCAGUUACUUACUUUGUGAGAUGACUGCCAAGUAAUAUCUAGUGCUUAAUGUUAGCUGGCCGUGUGGAGCUCUGGGAAGGCCGCGCCAUCAAGCCUGGGUACCAGUUGAUGGUCUUUGAUGCCUCCUAGCAUCUUUUCUUCCUGCUUUUGAAUUACAGCAUUUCCUCCCUUUUUAAGUGAUAACUGUUCUAGUCUACCAGAUCCAACCCUCAAAUUCUUAAGCAUAAACUAAAGUAAGAAUGCUUUUUCCACGAACAAUAACUUAAGAGCUAUUUCAUAUAAGAUCAGUGGUAUACAGUGCUCUCUGCCCACCCCGGCUUCUCAUUGGUUAUGUCUGCAGUGAAUGCGGUUCUUGGAAAAAUAGAAGGCAGAACUAAAAGGUGUAUUUUUCUUGCCCUUCCUUGUCUUAUGUAUUUGUCUUUUGAUAAUUAAGGCAAAAGCACUUGAAAUUUUGAAACAUCGGAGUAAGUUAAGACAGACUUGUUUUGUAUCCUCUCAAGUUCUAUAAUGUGUUUUGCGAAUAAUGGAUCAAAUUUUGUUUUCCAAACUCAUCAAUGUACUUAUAACUAAUGUUAUACUAAAAAAAAAAAACCCACAGGAGAUAAGGGACAAAAUCUAUUUAGGUAUUCAUUUUAUGAAUGCUAGGAUUCAAGUAAAUCCUGAGCAUGAUGAUAUGAUAUAUACAUACAUGUAAUAAAAUAUACAUAAUGUGCAUAUAUAGUAUAUAAAAGCUGUAUAAUAAAUCAUAAAAAGUUUUCAAUUAUAAAAAAUACAUGAAAACAGACCAAUCCCUAAACAGAAUUUUCUCUGGUCUUCCUUGGUAUCCUCUUUGGCCCCUCCCCUUACCCCAACCACAUUUCCAUAUACUCUAAGCUAGGGCUGACUCCUCUCCCUCCCUCUGCUUGUCAUUCCCAUGUUCUGCCUGUCCUUGGCUCAUACCUUGUUUCCUGUUGAAAUGUAUCACCCCCUUAUUUCCUCUCUCAGUUCAAAAACAAUGUUUUAAUUACUUAUUGGUCUAAACUACAGUAACAUGUGAACACAGGAAAGAGUCUAAAAAUCAUCCCCAUCAUCAAGAUAUGUACAUUUCAGCUCUGCCUUUUCUAGGCUAUGUGAUGAAGCAUGGUUUGCUAGAACAUCCCUGGGGUUCUUGAGUCCUAUAGUAAACUGUA